CUGUAUAUUUUUUUUUUCUCUUUGUAUAUUUCGUUCACUUGUUUAUUCCUUUUCAUUUAUUGUAUAUACUAUGCGAGCAGUCGCCAGGGCAGCAGGCAAGCACCGGGUGGUGGUGGUCGGGGCAGGCAGCGCCGGGUUGGCCGUGAGCCACCAGCUGCUACGGUCCGGCCGGUUUCUGCAGAACGAGAUCGCCAUCAUCGACCCGGCCGCCUGGCACCACUACCAGCCCGGCUGGACACUGGUGGGCGCCGGGCUGAAGGACAAGACCGAUCUGCAGCGCCCCCUGCGCGAGCUGAUCGACCCGAAGCUGCGGUUCUACCAUGAGCGCGUGGAGAGCUUCACGCCCGACACCAACACGUUGACGCUGGGGAACGGGGAUCGCGUGCACUACGACCAGCUGGUGGUGGUUCCGGGCAUCCGCAUCGACUACACGAGCAUCAAGGGACUGCCCGAGGCGCUCGCCGAUCCGCACAUGCUGGUCUCCUCGACGUACGGGUACGAGACGUGCGACAAGGUGUAUACCUCGGUGAAGCGGCUGCAGAAGGGAACCGCCAUCUUCACGCAACCCAGCGGGAUCGUGAAAUGCGCCGGGGCGCCGCAGAAGGCGAUGUGGUUGGCGAUGGACUUCUGGCGCAAGGCGGGCCUCUUCCCCUCGGCCAUCGACGUGCACUUUGCCACGGCGCUGCCGGGCAUGUUCGGCGUGCCCAAGUACAGCCAGCGCCUGGACGAGCUGCGGCGCCAACGCGGGGUCCACGGGCAUUUCCAGCACGAUCUGACAGAAGUGAAUGGCGACAAGGCCGUGUUCAGCACCCCCGAGGGCACAGUGACCAAACGGUUUGAUUUUCUACACGUCGUGCCCAAGAUGGGCCCGCAUGGCUUCAUCCGCGACAGCCCGCUGGCCAACAAGGCCUCGGGCCUGGUGGACGUCGACCCGGCCACGACGCGACAUCUCAACUACGCCAACGUCUGGUCAAUUGGCGAUGCCUCGAGCCUGCCGACCUCCAAGACAGCCGCCGCCAUCACCUCGCAGGCUCCCGUGCUGGUCGACAAUUUACUGCAGGCGAUGGAUGGGAAGACCCCGGAGACCGUGUAUGACGGGUAUACCUCAUGCCCGCUGAUCACCGAGUAUGGCAAGGUGAUGCUGGCCGAGUUCAAGUACAACGGCGAGAUCAAGGAGACCUUUUCUUUCCUUGGCCUCGACCAGGGCACGCCCCGGCGGGCCUUUUACCAUCUCAAAAAGGACUUCUUUCCGUGGGUUUAUUAUAAGUCUAUGGUAAAGGGGACCUGGGCCGGUCCGAAGGGGUGGAAAUAGUAGUCUAGUUUUUGUGU